CAACCGCGAGUGCUUGGCCUGAAAAUCAGACGCUCGAAUGCUUGAUAACUUUCUCUUAUUUCUCACCCCAUAAAACACCUGAAACCUCCCCCUCCGUCAUUACCUGCGACCCAUCGUCAGGGUUCUCGAAGGGGCUCACACCAAUUUCCUUCUUCGACUCUUCGUUUCGCUUCAGAUCUGUAGCAUCAAUAUGUACGGAUUCGAAGCGCUGACCUUCAACAUCCAUGGCGGUUACCUGGAGGCCAUCGUCCGAGGAUAUCGCUCCGGCCUCCUUACUGCCGCUGAUUACAACAAUCUCUGUCAGUGUGAGACCUUAGACGACAUCAAAAUGCAUCUCUCGGCCACCGAGUAUGGGCCUUAUCUCCAAAACGAGCCGUCUCCGUUGCAUACAACAACAAUUGUGGAGAAAUGCACCCUUAAACUGGUUGAUGAGUACAAGCAUAUGUUAGCCCAAGCCACUGAGCCUUUGUCAACCUUUUUAGAGUACAUCACAUAUGGUCACAUGAUCGACAAUGUGGUGCUAAUUGUCACUGGAACUUUGCAUGAGAGAGAUGUUCAAGAAUUGUUAGAGAAAUGUCACCCUUUGGGAAUGUUUGACAGCAUUGCUACUCUGGCAGUAGCUCAAAAUAUGAGGGAGCUUUACAGACUUGUGCUUGUUGACACACCCCUGGCUCCAUACUUCUCCGAGUGCAUCACGUCUGAGGACUUAGACGACAUGAACAUAGAAAUUAUGAGAAAUACCCUCUACAAAGCAUACCUUGAGGAUUUCUACAGAUUUUGUCAGAAACUUGGCGGAGCCACUGCUGAAAUUAUGUCUGACCUCCUAGCAUUUGAGGCUGACAGAAGGGCUGUCAAUAUCACAAUAAACAGUAUUGGUACUGAGCUUACUCGCGAUGAUCGUAGGAAGUUGUAUUCUAAUUUUGGCUUACUAUAUCCUUAUGGUCAUGAGGAGCUUGCUGUUUGUGAGGACAUAGAUCAGGUUCGUGCUGCCAUGGAAAAGUAUCCUCCUUAUCAGUCCAUAUUUUCUAAGUUAUCCUAUGGAGAGAGUCAGAUGCUUGACAAGGCUUUUUAUGAAGAGGAAGUGAAACGACUUUGCUUAGCAUUUGAGCAGCAGUUCCAUUAUGGUGUAUUUUUUGCAUACAUGAGGUUGAGAGAGCAGGAGAUCAGGAACUUGAUGUGGAUAUCUGAAUGUGUUGCUCAAAAUCAGAAGUCAAGAGUGCAUGACAGUGUUGUUUUCAUAUUUUAGGUUGUCCCAUCUUCAUAUACUUUUGUAAAUUUUUUUUUGCAUUUAGACCCGUGAUUGAUGUCAAUUGCAGAGGGUAUUUGCUCUACCUUUCAUUUAACUUUGAAGAAUAAGUUCUGUGAUUGAUCUGUUGGAUGGUGAAACGUUUAAUCAACUACCAUAUGUCAGGAAAUCCAUCUGAAUUCGGAUGGUGUACAAUAAACAGCAAUGGGCAUCAUUCUCUGUGUAUUUGGUGGAUAAAGAUUUGGCUGCUUUUACUGGAAUCUAUUUUAUGAACUUGAGAA